UUCUGUCAGUACGAGGAGGAAGAGGAGGAGGAGGAGGAGGGAAAUGAAUGCGUGAAAAGGGUGGAGGAGGCCGGACGGGUGCCGAUCUCGCCUGUAGGGACCAUGACCCUGGACCGCGGACCCAUGGAUGAGACGGACUGCCUCGCGCGCGUGAGGGACGGGGGCCGUUCUUUGUCCAGAGAGGUCAGCGCGGACCCGGGCAAGAGGUCCGCUCCCAAGCCUCCGUACUCCUACAUCGCGCUCAUCACCAUGGCCAUCCUCCAGAGCCCUAAAAAGCGGCUCACGCUCAGCGAGAUCUGCGACUUCAUCAGCGGGCGCUUCGCGUAUUACCGCGAGAGGUUCCCCGUGUGGCAGAACUCCAUCCGUCACAACCUGUCCCUGAACGACUGCUUCGUCAAAAUGCCGCGGGAGCCCGGGAACCCCGGCAAGGGGAACUAUUGGACCCUGGACCCCAUGUCGGCCGAUAUGUUCGAGAACGGCAGCUUCCUGCGGAGGAGGAAACGCUUCAAGAGGCAGCGGCUCUGCCUGGGCGCGCUGAGGGGUUUUCGCGCGCAGGGGCCACUCGGAGCGCACGCCGCAGCCUCCUCCAGCCUCCUCAGACCCGACCCGAGCUUGGAAAGUGGCCCCGGGUCCCACUUCAGCCCCGGCAUCCCACCCGUAAACGGCAUAAUACCCGCUCUCUCCUCCAUAUUCAGGAGCUCGCCGUCGCUACUGGACCCCGGACGCUGCGUAACGGUGCCAUCUCUGGCCCCAAACUUCGCGGUUCCCGUCUCGUUCCACGGAUUUAUGCUCAACUAUCCCUUUUCUCAGCUGUCCAUUUUUCCCUCCGGAGCCCUAAAAGUUUCUCCUAACUCAGCUUAAAAUAAUUAAAGUCUCCUGCUUUAGACUUUCCAGGGAGGUGAGAACGUCGACAAUGGGUUUGAAUAUAAUAAAUUGUUCAAACACUCUGACCACCAACAAUUUCAGCAAUAAAGCAAUUAUUUCCUGAUAGGGGAUGUUAUUGAUCUCAAUGUAAAGAGAUUACCUCAUUGUAUUAAGAUUGUUUUUUCUUUUCAAUUCAGAGAGGUUUUUGACUGGACUAUAACACAGCGAAACUGUGAUCUUUUGCUGCUGGAGUGAAAAUCAGUUUGAAAUGAACUUGGACCGCUCAUGUGAAUUCAAUGCACUCUAAAAAGGAUACAAGUCAGCAUGAUGAGUGGGGAAAAUAAGUGCCUUUUGCGCUCCACAUCUGAGGUCAACAGAUUUUUCUUUCAAAUUUGUGUUUUUCACUGAGUGUAAAGACACAGCUAAAGGACAUGAAACAGGUAUGGAAAAAGUAAAAUAAACAAAUGAUAUUACAAAGGCAUGACAUCUUUUCUGGUUUUGAGAUUUUACCAGAAGAAGAACAGUCAGUUUUGUGGACGGAGAUGUUAAAGGUUUUAUAUGCCACAAAGAUCAUAAAACAUAAUCUAAAUGUAUUUUUUAACAGUUCAGAUGCAUCGUCUAGAUGCACUUUGCACAAAUGAACCUGGACAACAUUUUAUUGAAGAAUAAAGAGUCGCUGAUUGA